AUGGCGACCAAUGUCGAAAAGUGGGCUCCCGGCGACCCCGUGCCUUACAACUACGGCAAAGACCUUACACGCCAUGACUUCCCGGAAGGCUUUCUCUUUGGUGGGGCUACUUCUUCUUAUCAGGUGGAAGGAGCUUAUGAUAAGGAUCGCAGGGGAAUUUGUAACUGGGAUGAUUGGAGCCUUAUGCGGCCUGGUAAAGUAGCCGAUGGCGGCAACGGAACUCUUGCUAUCGAUCACUACAAUCGCGUCAAGGCUGGUUCAGAGUGGUUGUACAUUGUCCCUAUUGGAAUAUACGAUCUUUUGACUUAUGCAAAACGAAAAUAUAACGAUCCCGCCAUUUACAUCACUGAGAACGGGGCCAGUGAAAAGAACGUAAAGAAUCUGCCAGUUCACCUCCUUUUGAAUGACGACUACAGAAUUAAGUACCAUCAGCAACAUCUUGCAUAUAUAAAGCUUGCUAUAGACACAGCGAAGGUCAACGUGAAGGGAUAUGUGGUGUGGUCCAUAUUGGACAACUACGAAUGGGCCGCGGGCUACACAGUACGAUUUGGAAUGUACUUUGUGGACUACUUAAAUGGGCUUAAUAGGUAUCCCAAGAAGUCCGCCAUUUGGUACAUGAACUUCCUCAACAAAAAGAAGCUUCCGGGACCUAAAGAUAGGGAGGUCGAGGAAAUCAGUGAAAAUGAGACGCAAGGAAAAAAGAAGCGCAAGUAUUAG